GCAGACCACGACCAGCACGCCCACUUGCCUGCGAUUACUUUGCGCCAGAGGGCAGAAGCCUUGGCCCUGCCAUAGCUGUUCUUAGAGCAUCUCCAACAAUGCCUCAAACUAAUGCCUCAAAUCGAAAUAUAGAGCUCUACACAGGAAAAACCACUCCAACAGUGCCUUAAUUCAACAAUUUUUGUCAAAAAACUAUAGGGCACUCUCUCAAGUGCCUCAAAUAUACUACACCGUAGUGGGCUGCCCUAUAAUCUAGAUUUGGGGCUUUACUGUUGGAGUAGGGUGUUUUUUUGGUGCCCUAAAUUCUAUAAAAUUUACUUAUUUUUAAAUUAUAAGGCAUUUUUAUAGGUCACGUUGUUGGAGAUGCUCUUAUCCCCCCUUCCUCUUUUCUUUCUCCUCCCUCUUGCGGCUUCUCUCUGGACUCGCCCCUCCCUCCUCUCGUCUCCCAGGUCAUGGCAAAGCUGGAGCACCCGUGAAAAUAGCAAGUGGGAGAUAAACAGGAAGAGCUAGGGGUGGCCGGAUGAUUAUCUGAUAGAUUAAGUAGAGUAAUAAAUUUUCAGGAGAUCUUUUCUCUCUCUAGAUUUCUUUUCUUAGGAUCCUGUACCUUCUUUGCAGUGGCCAAUUCCCGUUUGAGUUCUUUUCUGAUCCUCCCUUUCCCUUGCUGAUGUCUUGUCCUUCUGCGUAAUAGCUGCGGCUAAAUCCAUGGCGGUGUUCCGAGGUUGAUGCCUUGGAUGAUGUAGCAGCUCCCAUCCAAAAACCUGAGUUUCUUGCAUCUCUUUUCUGUUAUGUUUCUUCUAAGCUUCGUUUGGAUCUCGAUACUUCUAGUCAAAGACUGAGCUCGUUCUAGGAAGUGUGUAGCAGUCGGGUAUGAUUUGUUCCUGCAUAAUCUUUGGAGGUGCAAGUUUUUAUCAGUUUUCUUUAGGAUUGAUAUGCGUUUUCGUCCCUUGUUUUUUCCCCUAUCACAGAUGACCUUGAUUCCCGUUGUCAAGCACAUGGGCACAUGUUCUUGUUACCAACUGUCCAUUCGUGCUUGGUUGGGUAAAACAAAUAGAUCCACAAAAAAAAUAUUUCUUUUCGAAAAGCUUCCCUUACCUGCCUUUUGAUCUUUUUUUAAUCUUUCCUCCUUGUGAUCAAUCAGAGCUUACGUUCAUACGUUUGCACAUGCUUUCGUAAAAAAAGGGCAAAAUAUGCAACUUUACAUGCUUGUUCCAAUGAACCGGCAUAUGAGAAGUAUUUGUAGUUAUUUGGUGGAACUAUUUAUGUGCAUAUGUUUUCAUGCUUGAAUUCCUUGUUCCACAAUUUCUCUUUCCAUGUUGUGUAAAAUGUUCCUUUAUGCCGAAACAAUAAGGACUAUGCUUUAUUUGUUCCCUCUGAAUUGUAAAAGUAUCAAUCUCAGAAGAAGGAUUGUGGGGGAAGGGUCCAUGUAUAGUUUGAUCAGAUCAUGGCCCUGUUCUGUUUCACCAAACACAUGCUAGGCUGCCUUUUUCUGCAACAUGAUUGUCUCCUAUAGAUGUGUAGAGCUAUGAUGCCAAGGCAAAAAGCCCUUGCAAACCGUGUAAUCGCCAAAUUAAGAUGCCACAAUAAGCUUCACUCGGUCAUCUUAAUUACUUUUUUUUUACUAUAACACGCAAUCGUGUUGCAUAUGUUUUUCUUUGCACUUAAUUACUGACAGUAAAACACAGCAGCUGACGUGUUCAUCUUCCUCGUUGCUUCCGCGCAGGUGAAUACUAACUACAAGUAGCAGUAGAAGGAAGAGAGUCAGUCUGCCCGUGACUGCGAGUGAAUUUGUUGGGUGUGGUGUUUGUUGAGAUCACGAUGAUGGGAGGCGGGCUGUUGGUGGAUCAGAGCGUGGUGUUCCCUGGCGUCCACAACUUCGUGGAUCUCCUGCAGCAGAACGGCGACAAGAACCUGGGCUUCGGGUCUCUGAUGCCGCAGACGUCCUCUGGCGACCAGUGCGUGAUGGGGGAGGGCGAUCUCGUGGACCCGCCUCCGGAUAGCUUCCCGGACGCCGGGGAGGACGACAGCGACGAUGACGUCGAGGACAUCGAGGAGCUGGAGCGCCGCAUGUGGCGCGACCGUAUGAAGCUGAAGCGGCUCAGGGAACUGCAGCAGACCCGCGGCAAGGACUCGUUGGCUAGCGGUGCGGGACUGGCUGAUGGCUCGUCCAAGCCAAGGCAGUCGCAGGAGCAGGCCCGGCGCAAGAAGAUGUCGCGCGCGCAGGACGGCAUCCUCAAGUACAUGCUCAAGAUGAUGGAGGUGUGCCGCGCGCAGGGGUUUGUGUAUGGGAUCAUUCCGGAGAAGGGCAAGCCAGUGAGUGGUGCCUCCGACAACCUCCGUGCGUGGUGGAAGGAGAAGGUCCGCUUCGACCGCAACGGACCGGCCGCCAUUGCCAAGUACCAGGCCGACAACGCCGUCCCUGGCGCCGAGAACGAGCUCGCCUCGGGCGCUGCCAGCCCCCAUUCCUUGCAGGAGCUGCAGGACACUACGCUGGGCUCACUGCUCUCAGCGCUUAUGCAGCACUGCGAGCCCCCACAGCGGCGCUACCCGCUCGAGAAGGGCGUUCCUCCACCGUGGUGGCCUACCGGCGACGAGGAGUGGUGGCCGGAACUCGGCAUUCCCAAGGACCAGGGCCCACCCCCGUACAAGAAGCCUCAUGACCUUAAGAAGGCCUGGAAGGUGAGCGUGCUCACCGCUGUCAUCAAGCACAUGUCACCGGACAUAGAGAAGAUCCGUCGCCUGGUUCGCCAGUCCAAGUGCCUCCAGGACAAGAUGACUGCCAAGGAGAUCUCAACCUGGCUGGCGGUCGUCAAGCAGGAAGAGGAGCUGUACCAGAAGCUGAACCCGGGCGCACGCCCACCGGCGUCUACUGGUGGCAUCGCAAGUGCCAUAUCCUUCAACACCAGCUCGAGCGAGUAUGAUGUGGACAUCAUCGAUGAGUGCAAGGGGGACGAGGCCGGUAACCAGAGGACGGCAGUCACUGACCCAACCGCGUUCAACCUUGGUGCCGCUAUCCUAAGCGACAAGUUCCUCGUGCCGACGCCGAUGAAGGAGGAGACCGCCGACGUGGAGUUCAUCCAGAAGAGGAACGCCCCCGCUGCAGCCGAGCCAGAGCUGAUGCUAAACAACCGAUUGUACACCUGCAACAACGUCCAGUGCCCGCGCAGUGACUACAGCUACGGAUUCCUGGACCGGAAUGCCCGCAACAGCCACCAGUACACCUGCAAGCACAAGGAUCCAACCCCUCAGAGCACCGAGAACAAGCCGCCGUCAGCACCGCCACAGCCACAAGCCUUCCAGCCGGCCUUCAGCCAACCCAACCAGGCACUGAACAGUCUGGAUUUCAGCCUGCCCAUGGACGGGCAGAGGUCCAUCGCCGAGCUGAUGAACAUGUACGACAACAACUUCGUGCCGAACAAGAACCCGAGCAGCGACAGCGUCGCCGUCAUGGAGAGGCCAAACGCGAUGCCCCAGCAGAGGAUCCAGAUGGACGAGGGUUUCUUCGUACAGGGCAACGGAGCCUUCGACGACGUCAACAACAGCAUGAUGCAGCAGCAGCAGCAGCAGGCGCCAGUGCAGCAGCAGCAGCAGUUCUUCAUCCGCGACGACACGCCAUUCGUGAGCCAGAUGGGCGACAUCGCCGCCAGCGCGCCGGAGUUCAGGUUCGGUCCUGGUUUCAACAUGUCUAGCGGCGUCGACUACCCAGGCGCGGCACAGAGGAACGACGGGACCAAUUGGUUCUACUGAAGAAUAAAUAAACCUGUAGGGCUGAGAAAAGAGAGGGAGAGAGAGAGAGAGAGAGAAAAGCGUCGUUAUAAGCUUUGGGUCUCUCCAUGGUGCUCCUGCUCCAUGGUUCUCCUAAGUUGUCGAGUGUCGAGUCUAUAGGGUCUUGGUCGUAUAGGUUUCUGCAGUAGCUGCAAGGCGGCUGGAACUUGGAAACUGGUUUAUACUUGUACUCCCUACCGGAAUUUGGCUCUUUGCUGAGUGCCAUAUUCUUUA